GUCGAUAGUAAUCACACAGAGUCGGCAGUCGACAGACGUGUUCACAAAGACUCAACAAUGAGUGAAGUGAAGCGCUACACAUUCGCGGAGGUGGCGGCGCGCGACGGCAGCAAUGGACAGCCGCUGUGGCUCGUUUACAAGGACUCUGUGUAUGAUCUCACCAAGUACAUCGAUGAGCACCCGGGCGGCCACGACACUAUCCUGGAAGACGCUGGGAAAGACAUGUCGCGCUCAUUCGAUGACGUCGGCCACUCGUCGGACGCGCGCCAGAUACUCGUCAAAUAUAAGAUCGGAGAGAUUGUCGAGGAGGAGAAACGCUACGAUGCCAAUGGUAAGAAGAAGAAGCGAGUCGUGGCUGCGAAACCAGAGGACAAGCCGACCACCCGGAGCUGCUUCAACAUCAUCACCUGCGGCCUGCUGGGCUGAUCAUAGUGACCAUGUCAUCACAAUGAUCACAUUUAAGUAAAGACGACAGCUACUCUUUCUAACCCUAGUCGAUCCUUUAAUCGAUUUUCGACAUUAUUGCUAAACCGUAACAGUGACAAUCUAUCGAUGAUAGCCCGCCAGAAUGACAACAGCAUGUCAACUAUGCAGGUUCUACCUUCAAUAUUUGCCUCGCAACAGAUGAAAUUGUUCAUCGAAUUAUUAUACUUUUUGUAACUAUUUAUUUGAAUUCUACUAAUGUCUCUCUCAUUUAACGGCCUAAUUCGGCCCUUCCUAUUAUGAAAGUGAUCAGUAUCUCCUUGAUGUCAGUAGAUUUUAUAGUUCCUACAACUAGUUCAAACUAUACUUAACAAAUCAAGGAUAAAGUGAAUAAAGAAUGCCCGCUCUCACCGUCCCGUCCCGACACACUAUUGAUACAAAACAAACUAACUAAUCUAUUUCACGCUAACUCUGACUUCCUAUCGACAAAGUUCACAAAGUCCUUCUCACUUGCAGCUCACAAGUUUGUCUCCAACUUUUCCAGCGUCCAAUGAAUAACUUCUAGUUUUCUAUAAAUCAAAUUGAAAUACGUUUUGCUCAAUGGUAAAUUCUCGAAGUGAAAUGAAUUUAUCAACUGAGUUUAUUAUGUGACUAAAUGGGUAGGUGUUUGGACAAUAUUCUGUACAAUUCUGAAACUUUCCUACACCUACUCGUUAAAGAUAUAAUUGUACAUAACUAGGUACUUAUAACUGGCUCUCGUAGGUAGUACUUAAACUCGCUAAGCUUUUAAUUAUCUACUAAGUUAAUAUGUAUAAAUUAUACUUGUAAGUUUUUGUUAUGAUCGAAAUAUAUUUUAUUUUU